AUGAUGUUGUCCAACAAUAGUUCCUCAACAACUGAAGUCUCUGAAUUUCUCCUGAACUGUUUUGUCAGAUCUCCAAUCUGGCAGCGCUGGCUCUCCCUACCUUUGAGCCUUCUUUUCCUCCUGGCCAUGGGAGCCAAUGCCACCCUCCUAAUCACCAUCCGACUGGAGGCCUCUCUGCACGAGCCCAUGUACUACCUGCUCAGCCUCCUCUCCUUGCUGGACAUUGUGCUUUGCCUCACUGUCAUCCCCAAGGUCCUGCUCAUCUUCUGGUUUGACCUCAGACCCAUAAGCUUCUCUGCCUGCUUCCUCCAGAUGUAUAUCAUGAACUGCUUCCUGGCCAUGGAGUCUUGUACCUUCUUGAUAAUGGCAUAUGAUAGAUAUGUUGCCAUCUGCCACCCACUGCACUACCCAUCCAUUAUCACUGAUGAAUUUGUUGCCAAGGCUGCCAUCUUCAUAGUGGCCCGGAAUGCUCUUGCCACUGUGCCCAUCCCUAUUCUGUCUGCUCGGCUACACUACUGUCAGUACAAUGUCAUUGAGAAUUGUAUCUGUGCCAACUUGUCAGUGUCCAAACUCUCUUGUAAUGAUGUUACAAUCAAUCGCCUCUACCAGUUUGCAGGGGGAUGGACACUGCUAGGUUCUGACCUCAUCCUCAUUUUCCUCUCCUACUCCUUCAUUCUUCGAGCUGUGCUGAAGCUUAAGGCUAAGGGGGCUGCAGCCAAGGCCAUGAGUACAUGUGGCUCCCACUUCAUCCUCAUCCUCUUCUUCAGCACCAUCCUGCUGGUCUUUGUUCUCACUCAUGUGGCCAAGAAGAUGGUGUCUCCUGAUGUGCCCAUCCUGCUCAAUGUCCUGCACCAUGUCAUCCCUGCAGCUCUCAAUCCCAUUGUCUAUGGAGUCCGGACCCAGGAGAUCAAGCAGGGCAUUCUGAAGUUACUGAAGAAGGGUUUAUGA